CUUCGAUGUUUUUCUACGUAAAUUUGGUAGCCAUCUUUUAAAUUGUUGACCAUUUUCGUUGGAUUAAGCGUCCUUUGUGUGCUUAAAAUUUUCAGUUUAGUUUUCUUGUAAAAGACUUAGUCAACUCGUAUACAGUUAUAAAGUUUACACCUUUUUGGUGAUUUGAUUUUGUUGUUUUGGCGAAUUCGUGUGAUAAGCAAUGGCUACAAACGGUUCAGGCUCGCCUGCAAAGAAAAUAAAGAAGAUGGAGUUGGGAAACGGAGAGGCAACUGAAGAGGAUCCCGAGACUCAGAAGACUCUUGAAGAGAUUGACAAGUGCCAGAACGAAAUUGAUGCUCUCAAUGAAAAAGCGAGUGAAGAAAUUCUUGGUAUCGAAAGAAAUUACAAUAGGUUGAAGAAACCAUUUUUCGAGAACAGAAAUGAAAUAAUCAAGAAGAUUCCCAAUUUCUGGGUUACAACCUUCGUCAACCAUCCACAACUCUCCCCUCUGAUCGAUGAUGAGGAGGUAGACUGCUUACAGUAUAUAACAAAAAUAGAAGUUGAGGACUUCGAAAACAUCAAGUUUGGGUUCAAGAUCAACUUCUAUUUUGAGGAAAACAAUCCAUACAUUGAAAACGAGGUCAUAACAAAAGAAUUCUCCAUGGGCAACAAUGGUGAGCACAAGUCAACAAGCACUCCUAUCAGAUGGAAGAAGGACCAGAACCUGUGCCAGAAAAAAAAGAAAGACGCAAAGCCGACCAACAGCCGAAAGAGGGGCUUUGAAGAACAGAAGAAGUUCUUCGACUGGUUCACAGAUAAUGAAGAUCCACAAGGAGAUGACAUCGCCGACAUCAUCAAGGAUGAUAUCUGGCCGAACCCGCUGCAAUACUACCUGGUACCUGAUGUUGACGGAGAGGAGAACGGUAUGGAAGAUGAAGGAGAAAGUGAGGGUGAAGAGGGUGAAGGAGGAGAAGAGGAUGAUAUAGGGGAUGAAGAGGAAAUAGAGGGAGAGGAGGGAGAUGAGGGCGAAGAGGGGGAGGAGGAUGAAUAAGUCAAAACUUACAAAAAAAAACAGACUAUUGGACUAAAUUGACGAACAGUAUGUUAUAAACAAUGUAAAAACCAACCCCACUAAAUAUAUGUUAGUGCAUUGUAUUUCAAAAGUUUUCACUCAGUGUUUAAUUUAGAUAUUAUUAUGUACAUGUUAUACUUUUAUUUUUAUAUAAGAUUAAUUUCUAGGGCGCACACGCCAUGGUAGAAUGGAAAAGUUUAAAAUAAACCAGUAUUUUUUCACUGUUUUUAAAUACUUUACUAGGUUUGUGAUUUUAGUUUUGGUGAUUUUGUGUAUUUCCAGAUCUUAUAAAAGAACAUUUCCAUCAGUGCAUAAACAAACACAGAUACUGAUCAAGAUAAAAUUAGUGGUGGUCAUAAAUUCAAUUGACAAAUCCCGAUUCUGUGGUUAUAUGAUGUGCGAGUAGAAAUUGAAGUGCGUGGAAAUUUGUUUCCUGAUUCCAUUUUCCUAGGUAGAGCUUGAUCGUAGGUAUUGGUGGAGUUCUGAUUGUGAUUUCUUUGUAGCUCUGGAAUGACAUCAGUCUUUUAAUUAACUGUUCAGAAAAAAAUAGUAUAAUAUGAUGAAACCAA